CAGUGUGCACGGCCGUGCCUCCAGAGCUCGUGUACCCAGAACGUCCCAGUGCCUGCCUCCUCAGGCACCCGUGAGGCUAGCGGCGCCUUGCAGGCCACAUCAGCUGAGCCUGAAGCGGUGGAAGCAGGCCCCGCAGUCCGGGCCGCCGCCCAGCAGCGCCGCCGCCAAGUCCCUGCUGCCGGUGGUGCCGCCAUAGCUCCGAUUCGCCACAGCUUCGAGCGGCCCUACAGAUGAGCAAGAACGUGAAGGGGGUCAACAACGUCGACUUCCGCAGGAAGUGGGACAAGGAGGAUUUUGCAGAGAAGGCCAAGGAGCGGGAGGAGAAGGAGAAGAAGAAUGAGGAUGAGGCGCUGGAGGCCAAGAAGCGCAAGCGUCUGGAGCGCGACCCGCUCCACCAGGGCCUGAUCGUGGCCCGCGCCAACCUCAAGGCCCGCGACUACCAAAUUGACCUCGCCUCUAAGCUCAACAAGUCUCAGGUCGUGUCAGUCACCAUGCCGCUAAGCCAGCAAGCGGGCUACUACUGCAAUGUGUGCGACUGUAUCCUGCGCGACAGCCAGAGCUACCUGGACCACAUCAAUGGCAAGUGGCACAACCGUGCACUGGGGAUGAGCAUGCGAGUAGAGAAGUCGACGGCGGAGCAGGUGCGGCAGCGAUUGGAGGAGGCCAAGAAGAGGAAGGAGGGCGUCGGCAGCAGCGCGGCAGACUUCGCGCCAGACGGCUUUGAGCAGCUGGCGGCGGCGCAACAGCAAAAGGAGGAGGAGAAGCGGUCGGGCAAGCGGCGAAAAGCAGAGUCGGAGUCGGAGUCGGAGGAUGAGGGCAUGGACCCUGAAACAAUGGCGGCAAUGGGCUUCGGGGGGUUUGGCACCAGCAAAAAGUAG